AUGGGUCGUCUUCACAGCAACGGAAAGGGUAUAUCCGACAGCGCCAUCCCAUACUCGCGCGCACCGCCAGCAUGGCUCAAGACCACCCCCGACCAGGUCGUUGACCAGAUCUGCAAGCUCGCAAGAAAGGGUGCCACCCCUUCGCAGAUUGGUGUCGUCCUUCGUGACUCCCACGGUGUUGCUCAGGUCAAGGUCGUCACUGGUACGUGAGGAGACGAAUUUUGGAGCAUGAGUUUGGAUACUGACUUUGCGCGCAGGUAACAAGAUCCUUCGUAUCCUGAAGUCCGAAGGUAUGCCUAGUCCGCACCUCGAACUCCCUGUGUAAAGAGAUGGUAUACAGCGACUUUUGGUAUCAUGAUACCGAAGUCUGCAAGAGAUUGGACAGAAAUGGCGCUGCACAUGCGCGCGCACAAACAUUAUGCCUCUGCUUGGUCACAGACUGACAGAGUGAUUCAACAGGCCUCGCACCAGAGAUCCCAGAGGACCUCUACAUGUUGAUCAAGAAGGUACGUCACAACUGCUUCUGUGCAAAAUUGGCGGGAUGUGACCUGACAUAUUCAUGUUCAGGCCGUUGCCGUCCGCAAGCACCUCGAGCGCAACCGCAAGGACAAGGACAGCAAGUUCCGUCUUAUUCUGAUCGAGUCCCGUAUCCACCGUCUCUCCCGCUACUACAAGACCGUCGGCGCCCUCCCACCAACCUGGAGAUACGAGAGCGCCACCGCCUCCACCCUUGUCGCAUAA